AGUGAAGCCCUGGGCGUGGAGCUCCCAGCUGCCCCUGCCCGGCCCCGGCCCGCUGCCCGUCCUGCCCGCCGCCGGCCUGCUCGGCCCCGCCGUGCUGGGCCCCGGCCCUGGCCCUGGCCCUGGGUCGCUGUCCCCCAGCUCCGUCUUCACGUGCCCAAACUGUGGCAAGGGCUACUCGUACAAGGGCAACCUCAACCGGCACAUCCGCGUGGAGUGCGGCAAAGAGCCGCAGCUGUCGUGCCCGGUCUGCUUCAAGAUGUUCAAGCACAAGAGCAACAUGGAGAUGCACAUCGAGCGCGUUCACACUAACCACAAAUACGGCGAGGGGUCCUCGGCCCCCCUGUAGCGCGCGCCCCAGACUGCCGGGAUUGUGUUUGGACUGCCGCAAUACUUAGAUAGCUGCGAUAGACGAGUAUACGCGCCCCACGAUUUUGGAAGACUUCAUAAGAUUUCCUGCAGAUCGUCAUUAGAGUGCUGCGGGUGGUGUGUACCUCAGAUCAGCCUAGUUGAAAACACCCUCGCACAAAUAGCCGUGUGUGACCUGAUUUCCACUUUUGUUUCAAUAAAGCCUACCUGAACAAGACACGCGCCUCCCGAGUGUUUUCUUUGUUUUUAAAAUUCGCCAAUCCACCCGCCGACGCCGCGGACGCAUUCUCUGCCGACUCUAACCCUCUGCCUUCUUGUCCUCCAGGUGACAUGGCCUUGCUGACGCCACGCGCCCCCCGCGGCUUGGGGCCCUUCCGGUGCUCUCAGUGCGACAAGGCCUACAAUUCCAAGGGCAGCCUGCAGCGCCACGUGAAGAUCGAGUGCGGCAAGGAGCCCGGCGUGCCCUGUCCGUACUGCGACACCAUGUUCAAACAUAAGAGCUCCGUCAUCACGCACAUCGUGCGAAAGCACCCGUUCUGAGGGAGGCAAGCGGGGAGGUGGAUGUGUUGGCUGUGUGACUGACUGUAGUUCAAAACAUUUUUUAAAAAUAAGAUUGGACCAUGCUGUGAGGUUAUACACUAAAAAACACAGGAGUGUGGAAUACUACCAAAGUUGUGUACACACAGUGGUCUUACAGUAUUGUGGAAUAACGGUACAAUUUAUUUGCACGUAUUGUGCUAUUCUCUAAUCAUAUAAUUUAUGGAGGAUAUGGCAGUGUUGUUGCUUAAUGUGAUGUUUCCUCCUUCAAUCUAUAUAUUUUUAAACUACGUGUGUUAUGCGUUAUGUAAUAAAUUCUGUAUUUUAACUA